UGCUGAGCCAUGGAUUAACAUCUGUCUAGGAUGGUUUUAUGGCGUUGUGUUUUUUCUAGGCGUUUCACUUCAACAAAGCCUAGUAAGGAGCAGCUUGCGCCAUUACCAACAGCUCCUCCUGGGCGUCGUCCCAUUGGUUAUCGCGGUAACCACUUGCACAAGAAGGAUCUGUAUGACCCUGUAUAUCCCACUACUAAGGUUCCAUCAGCACUUAUACCUCGUUUUCCUCUAGAUUGGCGUAACGCAGGUCGAUUUCUAUUGACUGCGGCAUUGGCUAAAUUAGAAUCGCGCCGUAUAUUGCGUCAUUCUCAGAGUUUGCGUUACCAGGAGGAAGGUCCUUGUGGAUCUCGUUGCAGUUUACCUUGUUCCAAGUCAUCCUAUCGUUGCCUUUGUGCUUGGAGGGCCACUGGUUAUUAUGCUCAUUCAAAUUCUGUUGAUAACAUUUUGGUAUCAUUUAAGGGUCCCAUUGUAAACAACAAGUUGUUUACUGUGCCAAGACCGGUUGCUAAGAAGAACCCCGUAUUGGCUAAUCGUUUGUUUUUGGAUGACAACGGUGUAUACCGUGUAGAGCGUAGGACUUACAAGUACCCCGUCUUCAGUGGUCGUGAGGUGAAACCUCAAUCAUCUUACCACGGUCAGGUGCCUGAAUACGAACCUACAUUCAAGGUGUAGCAUGGGCUCCAUUAUGAUCUUGAGGUCCCUACUAGGGCGUCUACAAGUAUCACGUGGUAU